GUGUCCGGGGUGAGGACCGGAAGUGUAGCGGGGCACUUCCGGUGCGGCGCCGGCCCUGGCCGCCCCGUCGGACCGGUCGCUAGAUGCUUCCUUCCCGCGGGCGUCUGAUACUUCAGUCUCUCCUGCCGGUCCCCCACCCUGCCCGCGGACGUCCGCCGGUCCGGCCGUCGGCAUCCCGCCGGUCCCCGGCCGCCUCUCCGGGCCGCGGCCCCAUGGAGCUGCAGGCGGUGGUGGCCUCCCUGGAGGCCUUUGCCUCCCUGGCGUUUGCGGAGAGCUGGGACAACGUGGGGCUGCUGGUGGAGCCGAGCCCCCCGCACAGCGUGCGCACGCUCUUCCUGACCAACGACCUGACGGAGGAGGUGAUGGACGAGGCGCUGGCGGCCAAGGCGGACCUCAUCCUCUCUUACCACCCUCCCGUCUUCCGGCCCCUCAAGCGCCUGACCUGGAAGAGCUGGAAGGAGCGUCUGGUCAUCCGGGCCCUGGAAAAUCGGGUGGGGAUCUACUCUCCCCACACGGCUUCGGACGCCGCCCCCCAGGGAGUCAACCACUGGCUGGCCAAAGGGCUCGGGGCCUGUACCUCGCUGCCAAUUCAUCCGGCCACGGGCCCCGAGCCCCCGACCGCGGGGACCCACCGAGUGGAGUUGAGGGUGUCCUCCUCUCGGGAUCUGGAUAAAGUCCUCGACGCCCUCAGAGGGAUCCAAGGCACGGCCGUCGCUACCUUCUCGGUCAGAGCCGAGGGGGAAGAGAAGACGCAAGUGAGCGUGAACUGUUCCCGGCAGGCCCUGCUGCAGGUGGUGGCCUUCCUCUCCCAAAACCAACACCUCUAUGAGAAGACGGAGAUUCUGUCCCUGGAGAAGAGUCUCCGGUGUCGGCGGUGGCCGUGUGCGCCGGCUCGGGCAGCAGCGUCCUGCGAGGGGUGGCCGCGGACCUCUACCUCACAGGCGAGAUGUCCCACCACGAGGUCCUGGACGCCGUCGCCGGGGGCAUCACGGUGGUCCUCUGCGAGCACAGCAACACCGAGCGCGGCUUCCUCUCGGAGCUGCGGAACCUGCUGGUCCCCCACCUGGAGAACAAGGUCCGCGUCGUCGUGUCCGAAAAGGACAGAGACCCCCUCCGGGUGGCCUAGGCCGGGGAGGGGCGGCGCCCCCGGCCACGGCCACCCGGGGAACGGGACUUGGACGAGCGACCUCGGUCCGCACGGCGGCGGGCUCCUCCACCCGCGCCCAUGGCCGCCUCGGGGGAGAAUCUGAGUUCUAGAGACACGCUUCGCCCCACGCCCGAGCUCCUCGAUCGGUCGAUGGUGUCUGUGGAGCGCCCGCCCUACGCAGAGCGCUCUACUCGGCCCAACGGGGUCGGUAAACACCUACCCUGCCCCGCCACGUUAGGGGAACCGGCGUGAUCUGGUGGCGAGAGCCCGGGCUUGGGAAUGAGAGGACGUGGGUUCUAAUCCCGACUCCGCCACGCGUCUGCUGCGUGACC